AUGACGUUGCCGUCUGGUGCCGGCUCUGGCCUGCAGCGACGCUCUGAUUCUCCCUCCAAUAGCUUCUACGCGGUGACGGAUGACGACGACGGCGCCUACGAUACAAUUACACAUACGGAAACGGGCAAGGGUGUGAAGCUGCUGUUCUCAAAAAGCAAGGUCUAUGUGCACCCCUCACCGUCCUCCAAGGACAAUAUCUCGGGCUACAUUGCUUUGCUGCAGCAAAAACCAGCUGUUGGUGCUGCAUCGUUCAGCGACGGCUCCAGCCCAUCCGCGGCCGAUCUCCUGCUCGCCUGGAUCCCCGAAUCCUCUCUCGGCGACUCGGCCAGCAUAUACGUCAAGGUCGACCUGUCCGAUGGCGACUCACCACCACGACAAUCCUAUCUCGUACCCCCACCACCGACUGUCACAUCUCACAGUGGAUCUGUCGGUGCCUACUCCUUUGCCGUGCCAGUCGGCGCCAUCUACUCGCUGCUGGUUCGACCACCCAGUGUCGGCUGGUGGCAUGGCUCCAUCAUUAUCAACACCAAAGCCGGCGACAGCUUCCCGGCUCUGUUCUUCCACGACAAUGAAUGCCAGAGUACUAUGCAGCAAAAGAAAAAGCUGACAAAGGAUACAUUUGACCCCUUCAGCGCAGCCGGCAAGAUGUUUUGGGGUGCAGACGAGAUUUUGCGAUGGCUCAGACGGUAUGUCCGGAUUGAGAAGUCGGUAGCGGAACCCAACAUUUAUCUCAUUGAGCCCUCCAAGGACGACUUGAAUGCGUUUGGCUCGAUUCCUACGACGGUUACCAAGGGCAAAGGUGCCCCGGCCAGUCGCGAUGCUGAAAUGGACCCGUUUGUCAAGUUUGUCAAGGAAACGGGUUGGAAUAUCAUGGAAAAGUUUAGUCAAGUGACAACCUUUACCCGGCGAGCAGCCCAAGAUUUGGCCGAGAAUCCCAACAUGCCACCCCAAGUCAAGAAGCUGCUGCGAAACAGCGAUGUGCAAACCCUCCAGGACGAGUACGACAGCGCGCGAAUAUAUCUUGCGCGCUGGGCUAUGGGUAUCGCGGAGCAAAGCGAGCGCGACCGAAAGCAAAAGAUGUACACGGUCAAGGACAUUCUCGAGCUAGAGGAUACCGACGUCGGUGAGUUUGAGCUCCUCGACGCCGCUGGCUCCCUGUCUCUCGAAGAGCGUCGCAAGCCCGUCACCAUGACGGAGUGGAAGACGUUUUUCGACGCCGAGAAUGGGCGCCUUAUCAAGACGACGGACGAGGUCAAGGAGCGCAUCUUCCACGGCGGCCUCGACGCCGACGACGGUGUGCGCAAGGAAGCCUGGCUAUUUCUGCUCGGCGUCUACGACUGGUACAGCACGGCCGACGAGCGCAAGGCGCAGGUCGCGUCCCUCCGCGACGCCUACUACAAGCUCAAGGACGCCUGGUGGGAGCGUCUCGACGGCGAGGGCGGCGAGGGCGAGACGGGCGAGUGGUGGCGCGAGCAGCGCGGCCGUAUCGAAAAGGACGUCCACCGCACCGACCGCCACGUGCCCAUCUUUUUCGGCGAGGACACGCCGCACCCGGACCCGAGCUCGCCUUUUGCCGACGUCGGCACCAACGUGCACCUGGAGCAGCUCAAGGAGAUGCUCCUCACCUACAAUGAGUACAACAAGGACCUCGGCUACGUCCAGGGGAUGUCGGACCUCCUCGCGCCCCUCUACGCCGUCAUCCAGGACGACGCCAUUGCUUUUUGGGCUUUCAAGGAGUUCAUGGCUCGCAUGGAGCGCAACUUCCUCCGCGACCAGUCGGGUAUGCGCGCUCAGCUGCUCGCGCUCGACCAGCUCGUCACCUUUAUGGAUCCCAAGCUCUGGAAUCACUUGCAAAAGGCGGACAGCACCAACUUUUUCUUCUUCUUCCGCAUGCUUCUUGUUUGGUACAAGCGCGAGUUCCCCUGGGAGGAUAUUCUUAGUCUGUGGGAGCGACUGUGGACGGAUUUUUUGAGCGCCGACUUUCACAUCUUUGUCGCCCUCGCGAUUCUGGAUAAGCACCGCGACGUUAUCAUGGAGCACCUCCAGGCCUUUGACGAAGUUCUCAAGUACAUUAACGAGCUCUCUGGCACCAUGGAUCUCGACUCGACGCUCAUCCGCGCCGAGGCACUCUUUCGCAAGUACCAGCGUGCCGUCGAGGCCAUUGACAAGAAGCAAAACUUCCCGGCCCCGCGGCUGUCAUCAGGGUCCACUGCAGCCGUCGUCAAGCCACCAGCCCCCGGAUCCAGAGGUAAGGAACCAGAGGUUGCGGCAAAGGUCAUCACGCCUGAGCUGCGCAAGCUGUUGAGCAGACAGGUGCAAGUGCUGCCGCGCAAGACUGUAGCGAAACAUGGAGAUGGCAUGCCUGGCCAAUAA